ACGGAAUACUGUAUAGGAGUAUGUACAACACAAUUGGCACUCUGUGUUGUGUUGGGCACACUUCCAGCUCGCUCGAUCGCGCCGGCAGCCAUCGAUCGGAAAACUUGACGGUUUACAAUUAAGUAAAAGGAACAUCGUCGGCUGUAUAGUAGUGUUGCUAGACUUCUUGCUCGCUGUCAUCACACGCCUUUACACAGUGGCAAUAUUCAAUCACGGGGAUCACGAUUUUCAUAAGCUUUAUGAUCGGGGGCGACUGUUGGGGAUUUAUUCGAAUAUCUGUUUCCGGAUUGCUUAUAAGAAUUUUUAAAGAAGUAAUUUUUGUGUGAAAUUUAAAUACGUUAUCGAAUAUGGAAAAUCUGAACCGCCCCACCGUUGUACCCCAUCCCAACUUUAAUCCCCGUGGCGAUGCGGAAGCCAUCCAGAAGGCGUGUAAAGGCGUCGGUACGGAUGAGAAGACCAUAAUUAACAUUCUGUGCCGGCGAACGUGGAAACAGCGACAGGAAAUCGCGCAAGUGUACCGUGAAUUGUACGCAAAGAACCUGGUCGACGUUUUGAAAUCCGAAACAUCUGGAGAUUUCAAAGAACUGUUGGUCCAGCUAUUCCAGUCCGCGGUCAACAACGACGUACAACGCCUCAACACCGCUUUUAAGGGCAAAAAGCUGGACGAGGAUGCCAUUAACGACGUCAUUUUCAACCAUGAUAACGCGGAUCUUCUGGAGAUGGAAUAUUAUUAUCGGCUAGUUAAUAAUAUCGAAACCACAGCAUAUCCAAUUCGCCAGAUGGUCUCAGAGCGCACUUCCGGUGUCUAUCGUGACUUUCUUUUGGCACUUCUAAUUUGCGAUCGGCGUCCAACGAAAACUGAGCCCCAUUUCGACGCGUACCAAUUAUAUUCCGCUCAGCCCGAGCGACUGGACCGUAUCAAUCAUUAUGUGGAAAUCCUUUCGCGCCGACCCUACUCCCAUUUACGACAAGUUUUCCGCGAAUUCGAACGUAUCGCCAAGCAUCCAAUUACGGUGCCCAUAAAAACAUGGGAGAAAUCCGGCAAAAUCGAUAGUGGUGCCGCUAAAGCGCUGUUGACCAUGGUUGAUUUGGCUGAUGGUGACGAGAGCUACUUCGCGGACGAAAUCAACGCAGCCACGAAGAAAAUAGGAACCAACGAGAACAAACUCAGCCGGAUAAUUAUUUCCCGCUCAGAAAAAGACCUCGGCACAAUUAAAGACGCGUAUGCCAAAAAAUAUGGAAAGACAUUGGAAAAAUUAAUCGAGAGCGAAACUUCCGGUGACUACAAAAACGCCCUUCUCGCGCUUGUUACGGGAAACCAUAGUCACUAAAGAACACCAUUAGCAGGAUUACCAGGAAAAUCCACCAAACGACAUGAUUAUGUUUAUUCCGGUUUUUCAUAAACCCACAAUAUUAUUGCAUUUAUACAUUUUAAUUAUUUUCAUAAAAGACUUCCAUUUACUUUGCCAAGAUCAGGUUUGACAAUAACAGCUAACCCGAGCGAAAGUGAAAACGUAUUAUCACAGAACAAGUUUGGAGUUUGA